GGGGCAACUAGGCAACCACCAGAGAAGUAACCUCAGGAGCUUGGUGUACGGUAGUUUCUGCCCAAAAUAAUGCCUGGUAUCCCGGCGUUUCUUUCUCCGAGGUGACCGAGGUCUGAGCAACAGCAUCCGGGAUGGCGCUGGUCACCGUCCAGCGGUCGCCGACACCGAGCACUACCUCCAGCCCCUGUGUGUCCGAGUCAGGGAGUGGUGAGGAUGAUCGUCGCUCCCAGCCCAGGAGUAUCAGUGAGAGUUUCCUCACAGUGAAAGGUGCAGCCCUCUUCCUUCCCAGGGGUAAUAGCCCAACACCAAACUCUGCACCUCGCAUCAGUCAGCGCAGGAACAAGCACACAGGUGACCUCCAGAAACAUCUUCAGACCAUGUUCACUGUGCUGCGCCCAGAGGACACCAUCCGACUGGCUGUGCGUCUGGAAUGCGCCUACCCUCAGGUAACCCGCUACAUGGUGGUGGUCUCCACCAACGGAAGACAGGACACGGAGGAGAGCAUCGUGCUCGGCAUGGACUUCGUGUCCUCUGAUAGCUGCUGUACAGUGGGUCUGGUUCUACCUCUGUGGAGUGACACUUUGAUCCACUUGGAUGGAGACGGUGGUUUCAGUGUAUCAACAGUGAACAGGGUUCAUGUCUUCAAGCCAGUCUCUGUCCAGGCCAUGUGGUCAUCCCUCCAGUCGCUGCACAAAGCUUGCGAGGUGGCUCGCUGCCAUAACUAUUACCCCGGCAGUCUGUUCCUGACCUGGGUCAGCUACUACCAGAGCAGGGUCUCGUCCAAUCAGUUCUGUAUCAAUGAAUGGAACGCCAUGCAGGAUGUCGAGUCGCACCGUGCCAAUUCACCCGUCCUCUUCACAGACCUGCCUACAGAGAGGGAACGCACAGAGAGGCUGAUCAAGAUGCGCCUCAGAGAGAUCAUGAUGCAGAAAGACCUGGAGAAUGUCACCAGCAAGGAGAUCCGAACAGAGCUGGAGAUGCAGAUGGUGUGUAACCUGAGGGAGUUUAAAGAGUUCAUAGACAACGAGAUGAUUGUCAUUCUUGGACAGAUGGACAGCCCCACUGAAAUCUUUGAACACGUGUAUCUGGGCUCUGAGUGGAAUGCCUCCAACCUAGAGGAGCUGCAGAACAGUGGAGUGCGUUACAUCCUGAAUGUGACUCGGGAAAUAGACAACUUCUUCCCUGGGAUGUUUGAAUACCACAACAUCAGAGUGUACGAUGAAGAGGCCACCAACCUGCUGGAGUACUGGAAUGAAACCUACAAGUUCAUCACCAAAGCCAAGAAAGCCGGUGCCAAGUGUCUGGUUCACUGUAAGAUGGGCGUGAGUCGCUCUGCCUCCACAGUGAUCGCCUAUGCUAUGAAGGAGUACGGCUGGGACCUGGACACCGCCUUCGACUAUGUGAAAGAGAGGCGGACGGUCACCAAACCAAACCCUUCCUUCAUGAAACAGCUGGAGGAGUAUCAGGGAAUUCUGCUGGCAAGCAAACAAAGGCAUAAUAAGCUGUGGCGCUCCCACUCCGACAGCGACCUAUCAGAUCGGCCGGAGCUGCUGUGCAAACCGUCACCUCACUCCUUGGGCCGCUCCGACUCUCACAACAACAACACCUCGUCCCCCUCCUUACAUCACUUCCUGGGCGUGGCUGUACUGCAGGCGCUUGGUGCUGAGCCCGAAGACGCUGCCAAAUCAAACAACACACACACCUCUGACUCGCAAACACCGUGCAACGGUGUGUGCGAGUCCCCGGUUCAGGAGGAGGUCAGAUCGGCGUGUGAAGACCCCCUCCUGUUUCCUCUCCCCACACCCCGAGCGGCCACCGUCUUCCCAGAGGAAAAACUGGACAAUUCGGCGAGCGUGGCCGUCACCGUGCCUGUUGCUCUGCCGCACCCUCCACCGUCACUCCACAUCUUACCUCCCACCCCUGAACUCCAUCGUGCUCACCGAGGCGCUCCCCCACAUCUGUCCGUUUCAACACCCAAAUGCAAACCGGUGGAGCUGUCCCUCAAUUUAUCCGAGAGAAGCAGCUCAGAAGAAAUCUCUCCUCUCACUCUGGGAUCCAGUGACUCCGAUAUAAUCGACCAAUCAUUAUCCCAUUUAACAAGUGACAAACACACUCCCCUCAGCUCCACCUGUACCACCCCUCUACCCCUGGCCCUUCCCCUCGUUUCCAGUGACGACAACAACAACCCCAGCGAAUUACACAUCGGCAGUGCCUUCGACAGCCGUGGCGAGGCUGAUGGGUCGUCCAAUCACAGCGCGGACAGCAUCGACUUCUUCAGCGCCAGGGAAAAAUUUGUUGGCUUGGCCCAAGACGGCCGAACUCGGACGCUUUCAGAACAAGCACAACAAAGAACGGCUGUAUUGAUUGACGGAGAAACGGAGGCCAAUGAAGAAGAAGAGGAGGAGGAGCAGAGAAAUGGGACAAGUCAGGCGUCUCCACCGUCUGAAACCAACCCUGACCGAACCCAUCACAUUAACCAUGACAACGGAAUAUCAGUCCGCCAUAUUGUCACUGAGAUCGAAGCCAUAUGCCACCCUGCCUCUUCUCUAUCCACUCCAUCGUCUUCUUCCUCCUCCUCACUCCCUCCAUCCUCUCUCAGCCCUCAGUUCAGCCGACUGGAACAUCAGGAGGAGGCAGAGUCUUCUGAAGUCACACAUGACUCUUUAACUCCCCCGUCACACCCACCGUCUCCCUCCAUGCUGCCAUGCGACUGGCCAGCAGGCUCUGUGCGGCGGGCCACCAAGCAGCUGGAGCAGAAGCUGAAGCAGGAACUGGAGAUGACGGCGUCUCAGCGAUCUCCGCUGCAUUCCCCCAGCAGUGAACACCCUCCUGUCAGAUUGCCUCUGUGCUCUCCGAGCACUGAACAUCCUUCCCUUCGCUCCCCUCAGCACUCCACAGAGCAAAGGAUCACUCAGGGAGAGAACAUGGCUGUUUCUACUAAUGCUAAACCCAAAGACAGCGGGAGGCUCCCAGGGUCGCACACAGAGCUUCAAAGACUCAACAACCUCCCAGACCCUUCAUGCUCCCCUAACUCAAAUAUCAGCCAAGUCUCUGGUGCUAUACCUGUCAUUGUGCACACACCCACAGAUAGCCAUAUGGUGGCUUCAUCACUGACCUCUACUAGUCAGUUAGUAGAAUCUUCUCAAGAUACCUCAGCCCGGUCCCAAAGACAGGGCCAGCUCCACAGCCAAAACCCACAGUCUAAGACCCAGCCUCAGGCUGGUUCACACCAAAUGCUUGUAGAUGGGGUGACAGUGCAGGAAUCAGACACAGAUGAAAGGCUGGACUCCAAUUACAAAGGAGGGAAUGAGGGCUGUGGCCUCGGCUGUGACGCCCAGAGCAGACUGGCUCGUGGCAGCCAGGAGCUGGAGAGGAUUCAGCAGACACUCAGAGAGCUGCAGGCUUUCCUCCAUGAGGGUAUCAGCCCGACAACACACAGUCAAGUACAAGAACUGGGGCAGCCUCAGGGCCUUAGAGACACUAUGGACACAGAGCCAGGACUUUAUAAAGGGGUGAGCGUUGAACGGACCCCUCCAGGCCUGGAAGUAGGGCAGCGGCUCAGAGAGAGGCAGGAGGGGAGGAGUUUUGUGGAGCCAACGGGGUGGCACAGAGCCAUGGAGCUGGAGGCUCGCAUCCGCCAGGCAGGCCUCACCCCUCCUUCCCUCAUGAAGAGAUCAGCGUCCUUAGCUAAACUGGACUGUCUGGAGCUGUCAGCCAAUGACCUCAGCGACUUGGACUUGAGGCCACACAGCAGGACAACGUCGUCACUCUCCCAGGACUCUUUCUCCUUGUCCCAGUCCCACCCGGAUGACACCUGGAAGAAGCAGAAAGUGCUGAGUCAGAACAGUUGUGUUGAAAAGACAGGUUUGUUCUCUGAUGGCACAUCGUCAGCACCAUCUCUCUGCCCUUCCUCCUCCACCUCCUCCUCCUCCUCCACUCACGGCUGCCCAAAAGACGACACGGGUGAGAGGGAGGAGCCGGACGGCAGUGGUGGCAAUCUGGUGUCUUCAGCACGUCAGCAGGGGAGAGGACACUCAUCAAGACGUAGGAAAGCUGAGAAAAAGCAGCGAGCCGUCACUGUGCUAUACAAUACCAUGUAACCUCAGUGCAAAGGACUGGAAUGAACAUGACUGGAGCUGUGCGCACACGUGAAAGAGGCUGCAUGAUGCGUAUGAAUGUGUAGCAGGUCAGCUGUGGCCCCUGUGUAACCUCCAAUGUAUGUAUAGUGUGUAAGACAUGAAUGCUGAACAUAUGUUUGCAUGUAAACCACUGGAUGUGUUUGUUUCAACUGGAGUUCAGGUUUAUCUGUACAGUAAUGUUAUAUGAAUGUCCAACCUAAGACUGAACCAGUCCAUUAUGACUGUGUCCCUUUUUUUUUUUUUUUUUUAAAGACGCGUUUGUUUUCAGUGUGAUCCUCGCUGCGUGAACCAGAGGGGCUUUUUUCUCAAAACAUGCACUUUACUGUUUAGAUUUUCUCUUUUGAUAUCGGUUUCUUACCCCGGGGAGGAUUCUUUUGCACUGUUCUUGGUAGACUCGUCUUUGUGUUUUUGUUUUCAAAAUGGACAGACAUGUCUUUAUUCAGAUUUUUAAUUAAACCAGGACAAAGCUGAAACGAUGUUGUUUUUUUAUUCAUUGCUUUAGCCGUUAAUAAAUAUGGUGAGUUUGUUUUGA